GAUGCCUGUGGUCCCGCACAUCUCUGCGCUCGGAGCAGCAGCAAAGAGCAGACUGGCUGGAGCAGGAUGCGCGCUCUCCACUCUAAUUGAUUCGUUUGUUUUUUUCUGUUAAUACCGAGCAUGGGUGGAUUUAUAGUUUUUAAGUUUGAAAUAUGACCGAACACGGGACCAGGCAAUGAAUAACACAACCGGCUUGGCAUUAGGAGAUGGUAGCCGGGAGGAUUUACCGGCGCUCCGAGCUUUGACCGGCUCCCUCCUGACGCUGCUUAUAAUUUGGACGCUUUUCGGCAAUUUAACGGUGUGCGCAGCCGUUUAUCGCUUCCGCCACUUGCGCGCCAAGGUAACCAACAUCUUCAUCGUGUCCCUGGCUCUAUCGGACCUCCUAGUCGCCGUGCUGGUGAUGCCGUGGAAAGCAGUGGCUGAGGUGGCUGGUUUCUGGCCGUUUGGAGGGUUCUGUAAGCCCUGGCUGGCCUGCGACAUCAUGUGCUCCACGGCCUCCAUCCUCAACCUGUGCCUCAUUAGCGUGGACCGAUACUGGGCCAUCUCCAGCCCUUUCCUUUACGAGAGGCGCAUGAACAAGAUGCUGGCCUCUGUGAUGAUCGCAGUGACCUGGACUGUGUCAGUGAUAAUCUCCUUUGUCCCCGUGCAGCUGGACUGGCACCGUGCGGAGAUAGGUGAUCCGGCUGGGGAGGCUUUUGCACUUAACGCUGAGGGUGUUCAUGGGAGAUGUGACUCCAGCCUGAGCCGGACUUACGCCAUCUCCUCCUCCCUCAUCAGCUUCUACAUCCCCGUGUUUAUUAUGAUUGUCACAUACACGCGCAUCUACCGGAUAGCCCAGCUGCAGAUCCGGAUGAUUUCCUCCCUAGAGCGUGCAGCGGAGCACGCACAGAGUUGUCACUUGGACGUACCCGAACUUUGUUCUCACCUGUGCACUGAAGUCGGUGCCAACUCAUAUCAGUCUCCUAUCAAUCACCAUCCUGAUGCUCAGCCCCCUAAUCGGUCUCACCGGGAGCUCAAAGUCUCCAUCAGAAAAGAGACAAAAGUCCUCAAAACUCUGAGCAUCAUCAUGGGGGUUUUUGUUUGCUGCUGGUUACCGUUUUUUAUCCUGAACUGCGCUCUGCCCUUCUGUCCCGGACCAGAGGAGCCUGUGGCGCUGCGGGGCCCUUACUGCGUCAGUGAGAAAACCUUCGACGUCUUCGUGUGGAUCGGCUGGAGCAAUUCGUCCCUUAACCCGGUCAUCUAUGCCUUUAACGCGGACUUCAGAGACGCCUUUUUUCGCCUGUUGCGCCUCCGCGGACAAGGCUGCUGCCCCAAGAUGAGCGCGGCGGUGGAGACGGUGAUGGCGAGCAACGAGGCCGGACACCUGAAGCCGGAGAGCCCGCUGAACAUGAACCAGGAAGUCUACUGUGCCGUGAAGACCAGGGGCAGCAAGGACAGCGGGAACACAACGGUGACCCUGUUAUAUCACAGAGGAACCACCUCUGAGCAGGUGAUGGACACUGUAGAAAGUAAAGACAACCACAGACUGACGCAGAUACCGAUAUAAGUGAAAUGAGCGGGGUCAGGGAGCAGGAACAAUAUGCAAAGAAGGAAGAUAGUGUGAACAUCCAACCCCUGCUGAAGUAGAUAAGAGACAUUGAAGCAAAGUAAAUUUACUCCUGGUCAUCCAAACAAACAUCCAUGUGAAACUAAAUAAACUAGACAAAAUUGUUUCAUAAUUAUUAUUUUUUUAAAUCCCCCAUUAUCCACAAUUUUACCAUGCAGAAACAGGUGAUGUAUGAGUAACCUCCUUUCGUCCGGUAGGCCUCUAUAGCAAAGCUUAGUUCACAUGGAGGAUGUUUACCCAACAGGCUUUGUAAAACGCAUUAUCACAUUUGUGAGCUUGCAACAAUUCAGUGUUACAUUUCAUUUCAGCGGAAGGACUGCUUCACAUUUACCUCAGCACAACAAACAGACAGGUUCCGAUCUGGGUAAAUAAAAUAAGGCCAUUAGCAUUUAAGAGACAAUUUAAAGAUACUUGUAAACUUAAACCAUUUGAAAUAGGUCACCCAUUUUGUUGGAAAAGCACUCCAGCUUGACCAGUGAAGAUGGUUAUUGUUGCAUUGUGGCUUCCAUUCAAGGCCUUUCCCCACCAUGUAAAGAAAGCUUUCAGAGGUCAGGAUUUAUCUGAAUCUGUAGAAAUGGGAUUAUGUAACGGACUCACAUUUGCACCCAUCAGCUGUGCAUCGUGUAUGGAUGCUGUGCACUCUGUUCCCCCCCUCUCCCCUGAAAGAAACAAACAUGAAUAAUUUGUAAAGGUUGUUCCUGUGAAAAAUGGCACAACCAGGGAGAACACACAGAAGCUUUUACACUGACGACCAUGCUGUGUGAUGAACUCUCUGCAGAUUAACAUCUGUUCAUUUUUGUUUAAUGAGACUUCCUUGUUAGUGCUGAAAAUGAAAGUGUGUGUUAGGAUUCAGCCUCAAUGAUUCACACGUGUUAAUGGAGCCGAGGGAAUUAUGAUUCUAUUCUGAGCUGCAAAUAUUUUGUUGGUUUAAAUGAAAUCACUUUCAUGUCCGUCCGUUAAAUAUGAUGUAAGCAAGCUCUGGUUAGUUUAUGGUUUAACACAAAUACUUUUUUUCUUUAAUGAGUACAAUUACCUAAGUAUAGUUUUACAGGGACUCACUGUAAUAAACUUGGCCAGUUAUCAGGACACCAACAGAGUUAACAUUACUCCCAACUAAGAAAUAUUAAAACACACUUCUGAGCUUCAGAGCUACUGCAAAGUGUUUUGGUUUCCUGUUGCCUUUGGACAGAGCAGGGCUAGCUCUUCCCCCUAAGCUCAACUGGCUCCAUAUUUAACGUCUAGCAUUACAAAUCUUCUUAACCUACUCUUUUCAAGUGAUAGAAUAACCCUAUUUCCCAAGAAUAUCAAACUAUCACUUUAAAGUACAGCACAUGGAUCAGUCACAUGUAUUAUCUCUUGCAUGCACCUGGGAUAACAUGUCUGUGUUUAUGACUACACAGGACUGAGAAAACAAAGAGAAGGUAUACACUGUAUUACUAUUUGCAGAGGGUUGUGAAGCCUUUAGGUAUUCCGGUUGUAAUGGGCUUUUAACCUACAUAGGACAUCCAACAGCUGUAGGCGCCUCCAUCUGUAUGUAUGAAUAGGUACCAUAUACUCAAGAGGAUUAAUAGGUCAAAUGCUUUUUUUUUUUUAAAUGUGUCUCGGAAUUACAGUUCAACAAGAGUUACUGAGUGAACAAGUCAAUACAGGUGUGACUGAAGUGCAGUUCAGAGAGAUGUGAGACGUUUCUCUGAAGAAUGUUAAGGUGAUUACAUAAUUAAGAUGGACUCUCUUAUGGCUCUCCUUGUUUCAUUCAUCCUCCAUAGCAUUAUUAUGUCACCCAAACAGGAGCUCACUUCAUCAAGGGGGGCUGUGUGUGUUCGCUUAGAGCAACUUUUAAUGGAUCACACCUGCCCACCUUGAAUGAGCCCUCAAGGCUGCAGGCAGGCCAGAGAGAAGAGAGAGAAAGAAAGAAAGACUACUUUACGUUUCAUCCUGCAAAGGUAUAGUAACUAUUGCUCUGAGGCCUCUCCAUAUGGGUUUUCAAAACAACAGUUUCUGAACGCUUUACUCAUACUCAAGACUUUGUAACCAGAACUGUGUAACAUAAAAACUAUUCUAGACUCUCCGUCGAAGAAACCAUCUGUCCAGUCAGCAAAUACCCAAAAAACAACAGAUUUACAUUCAAGUGACAAAGCCCUGAAGCAACUGUAGGAAUAUUGUGAUUUUGUCUGAAGCAGUUAUAGAGCCAUUACAUUUACAGUGGGAGGAGGAUUGGGUGAUUGGAAGGGUUGGCUCAACGAAACGUUAGGGACCAUUCUUGGUGUCUGGUUAAAUACAGACAGUCAACAUUUUGUGGCCGUUCCUUAAACCAUGGUAAAGAAGUUAUUUUUAACCGAACCGCGUAUUGUUAAUGUGCCUGAACCUAAUGGAACCUGACAUCCUGCUGAUAUUUGCGACAGAUCAGGAAGUGCUUGUACCCAGGGUUCGAGUUAUAAACUGAGCUCUAUGGGGGUCUUUGAAACUAACGCGCACACACACUCAAAC